CAAGUGCUCCUCUGCAUUCAAAAAAAGGGACAUCAUAAAAAGGAAGCUAACUCCCUAUUCCAUGCUUGUUCUUAUAAUCAAAUUUCAAGUCCGCCUGUUGCUGCUGUUGGAGCCGUCUCUAGAGAGAGAAAUAAGAGAGAGAAAACAGAUAGAGGGAGAGCGAUGGUGUUGUAAAGUUGUGAACUCGUGUUCUGGUUUGUGAUCAUCCAUACACUUGACUGUAAAUAUAAUUCAUGCGAUCACAUUGAAGCGUGUAUUAACUUAUUCUGCAAGUGUAUUAGAGGAAAUGUCAUUCCGUAGUAUAGUUCGUGACAUGAGGGAUGGGUUUGGGAGCUUGUCGAGGCGGAGUUUUGAGGUCAGGCUGCCAGGUCAUCACAGAGGGAAAUCUCAUGGCUUAGCUUGUGAGCUGCAUGACCAGCCAGUGGUCAUCCAGAAUAGUCGUUGGGCUGGUCUUCCUCCUGAGUUAUUGCGGGAUGUGAUCAAGAGGUUGGAGGCUAGUGAGAGCACAUGGCCUGCCCGCAAGCAUGUUGUUGCUUGUGCUGCUGUGUGCAGGGCUUGGAGAGAAAUGUGCAAAGAAAUUGUCAGAAAUCCAGAGUUCUCUGGCAAGAUCACUUUCCCAGUUUCCCUAAAGCAGCCAGGGCCCAGAGAUGGAACUAUCCAGUGCUUCAUAAAGAGGGACAAAUCAAAAUUAACUUACCAUCUUUUCCUUUGCCUUAGCCCUGCUUUGCUUGUUGAAAACGGGAAAUUUCUUCUGUCUGCAAAACGUACCCGGAGAACCACAUGCACGGAGUAUGUUAUCUCCAUGGAUGCAGAUAACAUAUCAAGAUCAAGCAACACUUAUAUUGGAAAACUGAGGUCAAAUUUUCUGGGUACGAAGUUCAUAAUUUAUGACACACAGCCACCAUACAACAAUGCUCUGCUUUCACCACCUGGUCGAAGCCGCAGGUUUUACUCAAAGAAAGUUUCUCCGAAGGUCCCUACAGGCAGCUAUAACAUUGCUCAGGUUACAUAUGAGCUGAAUGUGCUUGGCACCAGGGGUCCACGAAGGAUGCACUGCACCAUGCACUCUAUCCCUGCAUCAUCCCUUGAGCCAGGUGGGUCUGUCCCAGGCCAGGCUGAGCUCCUCCCACGCUCCCUUGAAGACUCGUUUAGGAGCAUUUCCUUCUCAAAAUCAAUUGACAAUUCAACCGAGUUUAGCAGUUCCCGGUUCUCUGACAUUGUUGGGCCUCGAGAAGAUGAAGAGGGAAAGGAGAGGCCACUUGUUCUUCGGAACAAGGCACCAAGAUGGCAUGAGCAGUUGCAGUGCUGGUGCCUCAAUUUCCGUGGGAGAGUGACAGUAGCAUCUGUCAAGAAUUUCCAGCUUAUUGCUGCAACGCAACCUGCUGCUGGUGCACCGACUCCAUCACAGCCUGUACAGUCUGAUCAUGACAAGAUCAUUCUUCAGUUUGGUAAGGUUGGUAAGGAUAUGUUCACCAUGGAUUACCGGUAUCCUUUGUCUGCGUUCCAGGCUUUCGCAAUCUGUUUGAGCAGCUUUGACACUAAAUUGGCUUGUGAAUAAAGAAAAUGGUAUCGACUAUAGAAACAUUUAAUUGGCAAGGUAUUUCUUUUAGGGCUCUCUAGGAUGGGGUGGUCGUAGCUGUAUGCAGUCACUGUACAAGUCGUAGUGGACUGUAAAGUGCAAAAAACCGCGUCUCAUUGGAGGGGUCUUUCCUUUGUCACCCUUUUCUCAUGCUUCAGUUGGAUUAGUUUGCUUUGAAUGAUUCCAUCAUGUUUUCAUAUAUUGUUAAACUUCUUUCUUGUAAUAUGACAAAACUAUGUUCAGACA